AGAAUUUAAUUAAAACAACAACCCCACUUUACAACUCUACUACUCGACUCUAUAACAGAUUUUCAACAACCAAAACAAUUAUACUUUGACCAAAUUAUAUACCAAAAAAAAUAAUAAAAACAAAUUUAAAAACAAAAAUAUUUAAAUUUAUUAAAAGAAAAUGCAAAAAAUAACCCUACAAUCAUUGAACUCCUCUGCUGUGGUGGCUGGUGAUGUCUUUAGCAAAAUGAAAUUAAAAGAUCCUUUGGAAACGCCUUUCAAGUUACAAAAAACGGAUGUUGCUGUUGUAGCUGCUGCUUCUGCCCCCAGCAAUAUAUGUCAACAUUGUCAUCGUCUUUAUCAGGAAAAACAUUAUCAGCAACAUAACGAACAUCAUCAUCAGCAUCGUCAACAUCACCAGCAUCAUCAUCAUCAUCGCUAUCGCCAGUCAGCAGUACAUUGGAUUAAAAAUCUUCAUUUCGUCUGGUUUGUGAUAACAUCCUUAUUAGCUGCACAUCUGCCUGGAUAUUGUUGUGGUCAACAGCAGAAAUUCCGCGUGACACCGCAUGAUUUACAAGUGCUGGAGGGUGCCGAGGCAAUGUUGCGCUGUGAAGUUACAAAUCUGGCGGGUGCUGUGCAAUGGACAAAAGAUGGUUUUGCGCUGGGGUUUUCGGCGGUGAUACCGGGCUUUCCCCGUUAUUCGGUAUUGGGUGAUCGCAAACAGGGCGCCUACAAUUUAAGAAUAUCAAACGCCUCCAUAAACGAUGAUGCCGAAUAUCAGUGUCAAGUGGGUCCUGCCCGUUUGAAUUCAGCCAUUCGAGCCAAUGCUAAACUCACCGUUAUAUCCCCACCUUCAUCCAUUGAAAUCAAGGGUUAUACGAAUAAUGCCAAAGUGGAGGUUCGAGAAAAUCAAGACUUAACCUUAAAAUGUAUUGUAUCAAAUUCAAAACCUGCCUCACAAAUUGUCUGGUAUCGAGGAAACGUAGAGUACAAACCUGAAAAUCGCAACGAUAAAGUUGAGGAAACAACACCAAAACGUUUUACCACCACCUCUAGUUUGAAAUUGAAACCCACUGCCGAUGAUGACUACACGGAGUACACAUGCCAAGCGAAGCAUAAAGCCUUGGCGCCUGAUAUGCCCAUGCGUUCCACAGUACAACUGUCCGUUUUGUAUCCUCCUGGCCCACCAUAUAUUGAAGGUUAUACACAAGGUGAAACCUUAAGACGAGGACAAACUGUGGAAUUGAUGUGUCGCAGUAGAGGUGGCAAUCCACCAGCUCAAUUAAUAUGGUACAAAAAUGGUUCACAAAUUCGAAUGGCUUAUAGAACGUCGGGACGUUUGUCGGAGAACAUUUAUACGUUCACAGCUGAGGCCAGCGAUAACAAGGCUCGGUUUAGGUGUGAAGCCAGCAACGUCAUGUCACAGACACCACUUAAGGCUGAAGUUGAUCUCACAGUUUUAUUUGCUCCAACACAUGUUUCAAUAUCAGGAUCAACGGAGGCACGAGUGGGCGAUGUAGUGCCACUUACUUGCACAACGGCAGCCUCUAAUCCUCCAGCUGAAAUCAAGUGGAUGGUUGGUGGUCGUCAAAUACGAAAUGCGACAUCACGCACCACCGUCAGUCCCGAAGGUGGCUGGAUUACAAUUUCAAAUAUAACGGCUGUCAUUGAGCCCAACAAACGUUCGUUGGUUGUCAUCUGUCAUGGUCUCAACAUGCAGUUAACGGAGAAUGUUGUCUCCACCCACACCAUUAAUGUUUUAUAUCCUCCCAUACCGCCAAUAAUCUCGGGUUACAUUGAAGGACAAAUAAUACCGGCCGGUUCGGUACAAAAACUGUUGUGUGUUUCUUCAGGUGGAAAUCCUCUAGCCACACUGACUUGGUACAAAAACGAUAAAAGAAUAAAUUCCGUAAUACGCACUGCCGACAAGUCUGUUUCAGCUGAAAUAACAAUUCUGGCAAAUGUAACCGAUAAUCAAGCUCAAUAUCGUUGUGAGGCAUCGAAUAGUGCCACCGAAAUACCAUUGUUCGAAUCAACCACACUGAGUGUGCACUUUGCCCCCGAAACCGUUAAGAUACGCAUUGAACCGGAAGAAUUGAAACCAGGCGUAGAGGCGACCAUUAUAUGUGAUUCUAGUUCUAGCAAUCCACCUGCUAAAUUAUCCUGGUGGAAGGAUGGCAUACCAAUUGAGGGUAUAAAUAAUACGUCUAAGCCUGGUCUUUGGGGUGGUACCGUCUCAACGUUGGAAUUUAAAGUAAACAUCACACAGGAAAUGAACGGCAUAGUUUACACAUGUCAAAGUGCCAACGAGGCACUACAGCGUAGUGUUCAUGAAGCCAUAAGCUUGGAUGUGCUGUAUCGUCCCAAAUUUGUGCCACCACCUUCGUCGACAGCGGUCGGUGUGGAGGGCGAAUCACUGCUGGUUGCCUUGCAGGCCAACGCCAAUCCCAUGUCAAUUACUUACACUUGGUCAAGGGAUGGCCAGACAAUACCCAGUGUCAUUAAUGGGGCAGAGCCACGCAUCUUUGCCGAUGCCUCCAAGUUGAAUUUCACAAAGUUGCAUCGCAACGAUGCCGGUCUGUAUGUGUGUGAGGCUCGCAAUUCUCAAGGCAUAGCUCGCAUUAAUGUCAGCGUUGUAGUGGAAUAUGGCACCACCAUCAAAUCAGUUUCAGAAAAUGUCAUUGUCAAUCCAGGCGAAGAUGCCAUGCUGUCGUGUACGGUUGAGGGUAAACCUCUAACGGAGGAUCAUGUAAAGUGGGAGAGAUUAGGUUAUGAUAUGACCAUAAAAACCUCAUCAACAUUUGCCAAUGGCACCUCGUAUUUACACAUUAAAGAUGCUCAACGUGAAGAUGUUGGCAAUUUCCGUUGCAUUGCUGAUAAUCGUGUUGCCAAUCCCACUAGUCGUGAUGUUCUGCUGAUAGUCAAAUUUGCACCGGAAAUUGAUAAAUCACCCACCCUACUGCGAGCUGCCAGUGGCACAGGUGAACGUGGCCGUUUGCCUUGUCGUGCUCAGGCCUCACCCAAACCCAAGUUUAUAUGGCGUCAAGAAGGUAAAGAUUUACCGGUUAAUCGUUCCUACAAAUACGAAGUGGAAGAAAAGAAAAUUGACUCUCUGACGUACGAGUCAAUAUUGAUUGUGGAAAAAGUUGCUCCAGCCGAUUAUGGUGACUACGAAUGUGUGGCAAAAAAUGAUCUGGGCCAAGCCAUCGAGACUGUACGUUUAGAUAUAACUUCACAGCCUGAUACACCGCUAAGUUUAAACAUCUUAAAUGUCACCCAUGAUUCAGUGACGGUAGCUUGGACGCCCGGUUUCGAUGGAGGUCUAAAGGCCUCGUACAGAGUGCGUUUCAGGGAGGCAAAUCGUGAACAAUACAAAUAUAUUGAUGGUCUACCAAAUAGCCAUAAACUGACCAUAACUGGCCUUAGAAUGAAUACAUUGUAUCUAUUUUCGGUAAUGGCAUACAAUGAUUUAGGUGAGAGCAAAUACUUGCCUGACCUGCAAAAAGCCCAUACGAAAGAAGCACCGCCACCAUCACAACCGGCCUCGUCUCUGGGUGGACCACCCACAACGAGUGCCACCCCACUGGGUGGUACUUCGGGUCUACUACUUUUGGUUGGUGUAGCAUCUGGCAUAACAAUAGUGGCUUUGAAUAUACUCAUCAUAGGUUGCUGUCUGCAUAAACGUAAUCAAAAUCGUCUCAAACGAGGUUUAGAACUGCUACCAGCUGAAUUAACUGAAAAUUCAAAUACACCAAAUCUAGUCAUAAUUGGCAUUUCACUGGCAGCUUUUGGUUUUCUAUUGGUUAAUGCUGCUUUGGUGGCAUGGUUUUUUGUCCAUCAAAAGCGUAAAAAAGCCGAAACAGCAAAUCAACCAGGUAAAACUGCAACUAUUGAAAUGUAUGCACCGAGUUCAUACAAUGACACCGUUACCGGUGAGACCCUGUCAAGUGUUUCCGAAAAAAGUGAAUCGUAUUCGAAUGAUGGCAGUCAAGGAGAUUAUAUUGAUGAAGCUCGUAAAAAGGCAGCCUCAACAUAUCUGGUAGACAAUACAGAUUUACCACCUCCCCGUUACCAACAAGAUGGCACAAUGCCAGCACUCUAUCCAAAUAAUAUGGUUAAUGCUCGCACAUUGCCGCAUCCACGCCAUAAUAAUAAUGCAAAUAUAAUGGAUCACAGGGCACGCGAUGAUCAAAUGUUAAUUAAUAAAGCAGUUUAUAUUCCGUCCCCCUCACCGGCGCCACCACCAGAUGGCUCAUACUACAACAUGAACAGCGACAGAUAUUUAUCGUAUCCACCAAUGGAUUAUCCCACACAAAUCGAUUUUACCCAACCCAUGUCGAUGGCCCAUCUGCAACCCUCCUCGCAAGCCUCUAUGAUAAGCGGCACAAUAUUGACGGCCCAGCCGAUGGGCAAUGGCGGCACGGGCACUUUAAGACGUGGCAUACUGAAAGGAGUCUCACAAGUGCCACAGCCAGAUGUAACACAUCAUACAACAACCAAUAUGGGAGGAGUACAAUUAUUGCACGAUUUGCAUCCUCUGAAUAUAUCAUCUACCUCGUCAACAUUAACAACCACAUCUAGUUUGGGCAAUGGAAGUCUCAUGUCGGUGCCAACAUCGACACCCAAACAGCCACAAAGUAUAUUAAAGGAUCCCAAUCGCAGUAAGCAUCAACAUCAGCACCAACACCAACAACAGCAGCCACCGACACUGAUAAACACCGGUUUGUUGGCCAUGUCUGGACCGCCUGGCAGUUUGCAAGUUCUAAAUAUACCAAAUUCGGCUGGCAUAAGUAAUAACUUGCUAAUGACCGCCAGUGCAGCAUACGAUCCCACAAAUCCUCAUAGUCUGACAACGUUCAAUGCUUCCGGUACUGCAGUAGCUUUUACUGAUGCCGAUGGUCAUCUCGUAUAGCUGUAGGAUGCCUCACAAGGGGCUCUGUUAACGGUAAUUACGGAAACAUCACAGCCAAUAUCGACGUUACCCCGCUACUGAAUUGAGGCAUCUACCAAAUAAAUAACAAACAACAACAAAAACAAUACAUGUAUGAAUGUUUUCAAAAUACUCAUUAAGAAUACAAAACAACAACAAUUAUAUAAAUACAUACAUAUAUAUAUAUAAUUAGGUAUAAAACUACAACAAGAACAACAACAAAAAUAUAUGAAAAACUGAAAAAACUACUCUUAGAGAAGUUAAGAUGAAUUUAGCAGUGCAAGUGAUACCAACCAGUACCCAACUACAAAAGGUAUCCUUGGACUCAACUCAGCAACAGCAUAAAAUACUUACUAGUACCCGGAGUACAGUCUGCUGGUACAAUUGUGAGCAAAAUAAUAGCAGUGCUGCUGUACAAUAUUCUGCCAAAAAAGAAAAAAAAAAUAAAGAAAAAACAAAACAUAAAAACAGAUGUAUUAAAUAUAUAAAGACAUGUACUGAUUUAUAGUCAAAUUUAAUAAAUUUUUUAGUAUUAAUUUUAUGUAAUUAUUAAGAUUCACCUUUAUUUUUGUGCCCACAACUGUAUAAUUAAUACAAUACGACUUAAUUAAUCUAAUCUAAU